CGUUGGCUUGGCAAAACAACGAGUUCUCCUCCAUCCUCUGCUGUUGUCACUUCGACAAGUCGGUGCUCAAUCAAAUACUCACCGAAAUGUCGGGUUCCCAGAAGAUUUUCAAGCGCAUCUGUCUGACGACUUUGGUUCUUUUCUUGACUCUGAACGGCAACAAAAUCGCCGUCCACGGAUCUUCGAGUGGCUCACCUGUGCAGGCCUGUGUUGACAUGGUGCCAGACCAUCACGUCGAUGCUCAGACCAGUGCUUCCCCCUUCGUGACGACACCCUCAGUGACUUCGGCUGGUAAUGAUUCCACAAUUACAUUGACGUUGGCUCCGGUUAAAACUGGCAUCGCAUUCAAAGGUUUUCUUAUCAUGGGCUUUAACAACGCCAAUCAUACAGAAGGACCCAUUGGAUCCUUUUCGUCAAUCAGCAAUGGACAAAUUAUUGACUGCCCAGGAGGGUCUCCCAAGAACGCUGCCACUCAUAGCAAUAGCGACAACAAGACUUCCGUAACUGUGGACUGGACCGCUCCUGCGCAAUUUGUCGGAACUGUUUUAUUCAAGACAACCUAUGCUGAAAAUGGUGGUAUCUUUUGGGUAGCUACCCCGUCGGCCCCCGUCACCUUCGUUUAAUUAAAAUCUGUUGGUUUUAUACUGGAAAAAGAAAAUACAACAUUCUAUUUUAUAAAU